ACAAUGGCUGGAUCUGGAGACUCAAUGAAUGACAAAUAUAGCAUCAAAAAUUUGUUAUUUUCCAAGUCAUUACCAAACUACGUAAUACCAGUGCCCGUAAAUGGACACAAAAUUUAUACUUGCAUUGACUGUGGAGACAAGUACAUACUGGAGUCAAGUUACAACUUUCACAUCAAUCGAAAAUCGGUAAAAAUUAGCUACAUAUGCCGCCAUUGUGGUAAAUUGAUAGUGUUUUAUAAUAGAUGUAAUUUUCUUGCACACAUAAGAUCACAUUCUUUCAAGACUGCAACCAUCAAUGUAACAGAUUUAAAAGUAGAUCCUCUCCCACUUAAUUUUUUUAAUAUGAAAGCUCUUCAAAAAUCAAAGGAAACAGCGAAACAAACGUCUGACGUUCAAGAUAAACAAAUACUUACAAAAAUUAUAUGCAUGGAAUGCAAAAAAGACGUUACUAAUACGGGAACUACUGUUGACAGAGUAAAACAUUAUAUGGAAAUCACUGAUGUCAACACAGUCCAUUCAUGUCCAAUAUGUUUGUUUGCUCUGCCGACAGAGUGCGCACUGAAGACCCACUUGCGCGUUCAUUUGAAAUGUCCCCCGUACACUUGUCCCGAGUGUGGUACGCACUUAUCCAACAGAAGUAUAUCGUACCCAUAUCAUAAUCACGAUUGCGAGGGAUUUAAGAUGAUGCGAGCAACAACUAGAAUAAAGUGCCAAGUGCCAGAGUGCUAUCUGGUUCACCCAAACGAGUACAAGGAUCACAUGAAAAAUAAUCAUCUGAAUAAAGUUUUUAAAUGCCCUUCCUGUUAUGUUGGAUGCUUAGACCCAACUUUAAUGCAGAGGCACAUGAUGCGCCACGUAGCAACAGAAAAAACAUUGGCACCCAGAAAACCAUCCAUAUUUUAUCAAUGCGGGAUGUGCAAAGGCAGGCUUAUUAUGCAAAACCAGCUCGACAACCACUUGAAAGGACAUUUGGAUACUAUCAACAUGUAUCCGUGUUGGGCUUGCGGUAAAAUUUUUAAAGAUGUACCCGCUUUAAUCGAACACCAUAUAAAGUUACACGGCGCAAAUGAAGUCCUGAAAAGUGCAUACGACUUGUUGUGGAAAAAUAAACAUAGUACAAGAACCAAGCGAUUGUAUCGCGUCGUUAAGCGAUGUGAAAAAUGUAAAAGAAGCUUCAAGUAUAAAUGUAAGUAUGAUCAGAUUAAGAAAUUGCCCAAUCUGUGCCCAUACCAAUGUACAAAGAGCGAUGGUGAUCGCGCGGAAGCGAAUACCAAUGCACAGAUAGUUUGUCACCUUUGCAAACAGAAAAUUCCUCAAGACUGGAAAUCGAUUAAAAAGCACUACGUUGCACACCACCAGGCCUAUCGAUGCUUAGAUGCCAAAGUGACUCUUUGCAGACUAGAUGAUAAAACAAUUAAAAAGUAUACGACGACUGUUGUUAAACAUAUCAGCAAAAAAACAUUCAUAAGGAAACCUAUAAAUGUACAAAUAAGAAACAAAAACGAUGCGGACGACAACCAAAACUCAGUCUCGCUAGCUCCAGAAAAGGGAAGAGAAAAAUACAAUUGCGGCAAAUGUGGUGAUGAUUUUGAAAGUAAAGAACUGUUUGAGAUACAUUUGAUUAUUCACAAAGAUCCUUGUAUGGCAUAUCAAUGCAUGGAAUGUGGUCAAUGUUUUGUGGUCAAGCCUACAUUUUCCAAACAUUUACUACUUGAGCACAGUGUUUCAGAUGUCGAAGACUACAUUAUUAAUAAGAAACAAUGUUUUAACGAAUGUGCUCUGUUAAAAUAUCAAUAUGCUACAGUUGACAGUGAGCCCCUUAAAGAAAAUCAGUGCAAAAUUUGCAGAGAUCAGUUCGACAAUGCCAGUGAUCUAGAAAAGCACUUCAGAGUUCAUGGAAUGGCCUUUUUGAUGAAAACUAAAAGCAAUAGUCCUUGAAAUGAAAAAUUACUUUAAAUGCUGUAGGAGAUGUUAAGACUGUUUACUGUUAUUUAUGUGUUCAAUAUCGCAUUAUUUCACUUUAGCCUUUAAGCCGGUAUCAACAUUUAUUUUUAUCUUCACGUUUGUUUGUUAAUUUAAAUCAUUGUAUUAAUGUAAUGCGUCUCCAUGUAAUGUAAUAUUAUUAAGAUAUACGCCCAAUAAUAAGGUACUUAUAGACAACAGCACGCUCAGCUGCAGGGACACUUAAAUAUUUCAAUUGGAGUUUAUGCGCGCCCUUCAUCAUAAGAAUGGUACAAAGUACAAAUAUAAAGCUGAAUGUCCUGUUGACUGUAGGUACUACUGAUAAGGGUUUUAUCGUUUAAAUAUCAAUUUCCAAUAGCAAAUAACAAUUUUAAGCAGUAUAAGAAAAUAAAUUCAAUGUC